GCAGACGUACCUAUGUCAAAUGUAGCGUGCCUUGUUGUUUUGUGGUAAUUUUUCACACAAAUUGUGACAAAAAGUGUUAAAAAUGUCGAGGGAUCCUAGAAAGCCCUAUGGACUACCACCGAGAGAACGGGAUCGAGAACGUAACUGGCGACCAGCGGAGUACUCGCGGCGGUCUCGAUCGCGGAAGAGAAGCCGGAGCAGGAGCCCGAUGCGGAGGGACAUUGAUGCACGCGCGCGCUCUCCUCGCAGGAACGAUAAGGAUGUUUUGGAUGACAACAUCUUGAGUGAAAUAUCCAAACUGCCAGAACCAAGUGAGCUAUGGGAUGGUCAAAAUCAAGAACCAAACUUCCCCACCGGUCCUCCACCACCACCAAAUUUCCGACCUGAACCGUCAAAUCCUCAAAAUUUCCAGACGUACCAACCAUCAUAUUCUGGCAUAUACGAAGACUUUCCUCCAGUACCUCCGUCUCAGAUCCCACCUGAGAUAGCAUCGUGGAACCAGAUGUCUCUCCCACCGCCUCCUGCUCCCGCACCUGUGUUUGUCAACAACAUUGAAGACCAAAUGAAGAAAGAAGCCGCUAUAGAGUCAGAGAUGCGUCACCAGAAGGCCGCUCUAUCGAAGCAAAGAGAAGACUACAUCAAGAAAGCAGGAAUAUUGAAAAAGGAAUUAGACACGUUGAAAGAUCAGCGAAACGAACUUCGAGGUGACGCGAAACGCUCACCGAGCCCGGACACCAAGAGGUUCUUAAAAGAAAACACCAAGUUGCAGUUGGAGAUCCAGAACAAGCUGAAGACGAUCAACAACGUAGUGGACAUGCUCAAUGGCAUUAUCGGCGAGGAGGCGCAGGAACUACGCGAGGGCUCCGCUGACUCGGACCGCGAGCGUCCCAAACGCAAGUCUAGGUCGCCGGCCAACAAGAAGGUGAACUACGUGUACUACGACCCGGAAAUGCACUGGUGCCGCGUGUGCAACGAGUUCCCGCCCACCGCCAAGGACUACCUCAACCAUUUGCACUCGCAGGCGCAUCACAAGAUGGCGGCGGCGCAUAUGGAGGCGCCGUGGCACUCGGUGUCGGGCGUCAACGAGGGCUUCCCCAGCAUCCCCUCGGCGCCCACCAAGCGAACCCCUAUCAGAGGUCUGCAAUUCUUCGUGCCUUCGACGGCGUGGUACUGCAAGCUGUGCGACCAGUUCAUCGGCGACCUGCACUGCGCCUCCGCGCAUCUUAAGUCCGUGCAACACUCCAAGAACUAUACCAACUUCGUCGAACAAAAUCCCCACUGGGAAACAGACUGGAUGUCGGACCGUCAGAAAGCGUUCGAGAAGUCUCGCGCCAACAAGGGCAAGGUCGAGGAAAAGCCACAGUACGCCGCACAUACCAUCACCUUCCACAAAGACGGCUUCCACACCAAGCGCAAGGACAACAGCCCGCCGCCGCCGGAGAAGAAGCGCAAGAAGGAGAAGAAGAAGAAGAGCAAGAAGAAGCACAGCAGCAGCAGCUCCGACUCCAGCCGCUCCUCCAGCUCCGACAGCGAUGACGACGCCAAGAAGAAGAAGAAAAAAAGCAAGAAGAAGUUCGAGCCGGAUGAGAAGACGCUGUCGCAGUGGAUGUCGGCCAUCCAGGCCGAGCGCCUCAACGCCACCGACCGCAAGCUGCUCGACAACCUCAAGAACAGAUUUAAGAUAGAAAAGUCUGAUGACAAACGUCGGUCGCCGGAGAAAGAUAGAGAACAUUCCAACUCGGAGUCGAGAAAAACCAGAGAGAGAGAGCGUGAAAGCGAGCGACGCGAGCGCAGCCCGCACGAGCGGCGCGAAUCCCGCGACACACGCGACUCCCGCGACACACGCGAAUCCCGCGACGCGCGCGAUUCCCGCGACGCGCGCGAAUCCCGCGAGUCCCGUAAAUCCCGCUCGCAGGAAACGCGUGACGAACAGCGCCGGAGGAGCCCCUCGCAGACUGACGUGAAGAAGCCGGAGAUCAGGAAGAUGCCGUUUAUUGGUAAAAUGCCUGUAUACAAGCAUUUGGGCAAGACCAUCAAACAAGAAGAACAAAAGAAAGAGGAGCAGAAGAAAAAAGACGAAGAAGAGGCCUCCAAGAAGAGAAGAGAAGAAAUGGACGCUGAGAUACAGAAAAAGGUGGCUGAGUUCAAGGAGAAGAUAGCGCGCGCGCAGCUCGAGAGGCAGGCGCAGGUGGCGCUGCCGCCGCCCGGCGUCGCGCUGCCCGCACAGCUCGCCGCGCCGCCGCCGCCCGCCUACCUGCCGCAGCCGACGCCGCCGCCUCCUCCCGCUUUAGCGCCGACCCUGCCCAAAGACUUCCAAGAGGCCCUCGACAUCAUCUUCCCGACCGAAGUCAAACCGGACCUGACUCAACAGGACAGCAUCUUCGGCCUGCCGCCCGGCUUCCCCAUGUCACUGGGCGGUAUACCUCCCUUCCCGCCGCUAUUCCAGCCGCAACCAAUGUUCGGGUUCGAUCUCAAUGCGCAGCUGUUUCCACCGCGCGCCUCGUUGUAUGACGCGCACGUGCCGCUCGUGCCGCAGGCAUCGCCCAAGCCGAGACACUCGCGCCCCAAGCACGACAACAAGAACAAACAGAAGCAGCAACUAAAUCAACAGCAGCAAAAUCAACAGCAACAGCAGUCGCAGCAGCAGAAUAAACCGGAGGUCAAGCAGGAGCCGAAGACGGAACCGCAGCCGCCGGCGCAAGCAAACGGUCCGCCUGCAAAGAAUAAGGAGGAAAUGGAUGACUUGGCCAUGUUGGGCAUCGACGCGUCAGAUGUUGGCGCCAACAUUUGAUCCAAGAUAAGGGUCCGCCGCCUCAGUCGCUGGUGAUGCGUUGACGACACUACAAUAAUUAGAGAAUCGAAAUGUAAACACCUCUCUCUUCUGCUACUGAGACUAUAAUAAAGAUGUUACGAAGAUCAGAAUCCAAAUAAAUAUUGAUCACUGCACGGAAGCCAGGCAGAUUAUAAUAUAGAAAGAUAUAUUUUCGUAACUACUUUUGUGAUGUUGGGUAUGGAUGUACCAAUAUUGUUAGUAAUCGAAUCGCUAAUCAGGAAGUUGAUAAUACUUAUUCAAUUACUUUAUUGCGUGUAGCGUAUUCUUCACAUGUAUUAUACCUAAGAUUGUGUGACAUCAACAAAAAGGAUCAAUGAUACAGAUUGGUUAAAUAAUGAAACAGAUUAAUAUUAGUGUGCCAAUAUUACUGUCAUUGUUAGCAAUAAUAUUAAAACUGCACCUGUGUGAGAUUAAACAGUUUUAUGUCGUAGUCAAGCAAGAGGGCUUAGUAUUACAAAAUCUAGAAUAUAUUGGCUAAAUGUGGUCAUCUUCACGAUAUUAUUACGAUGUGAUUGUAAUGAAAAAAGUUAUUAUACAUUGGUCCCUGCACGUUAAUAAGUAUAUUUUUUCAAAGUAUAGUGGUAAUAAAUGUUAUGCAUGAAAUAGUAAAUAUAAAGACAUAUUGAAAUUGCAAAUGCAAUACUCUACAGUAGACGGCACGUCAGGUUAUACAUUUUUGUUACAAAUUAGCAUCUAUUACAACCACAUUAAAAGCCAAUGUUAGGCUUGACAUGCCGUCGUCCGUACUUGAACGAACAAUGUUUUAUUGUUGACUCAUUUGUGCACAGUGAAAGGGUUUAAUAAAUGUGCUAGUAAAAUUAUAACGGCGCGCGCGCACGGGUGACUUUUAUCAUCGUGACAAUAAUUAUCUCUUUUUUUUAUAAAGGUGUAAAAGAAACAGAUAUACCGUCAUGGAUAAUACUGUCGCGGCGACAAAAGACCUAUGCGCACGCGCCUUAAUUCGGGUCAAAUUGUCAUGUAAGUUGCCUAUUCUAUGAUAUCUGUUUGGUCACCAUGCUAUUUCGUUAACUCGAAUGGCUACGUGUAAAUGGGACUUGAAUUUAUAGUGUUAUUAUGUGAGACAUGAAGUGGACGAUUGAGAUAAAUCUGUAAUAUUUUUUCGCAAAUGUUAUGUUACAUUUAUUAUGGAAUUAUAAAUCUAACCGUAAAGUUAGUUAUUGACAUGCAUUUGGUGGAUGAUAAUAAAUAUCAUGGUGAUUAUAAUAAA